CGUGUCAGACAGUCUGUCAGAACUGGUCAGAACAAAAAGGAGAUUAAAAACUUUAUCAUUUUGUCGUUUGUUUAGUUAACUUCACAAGAAAACUCGUAAUCUUUCUUUCAAAUUACUGUAAAUAAUAUAAACGUUAUAAAUAAUCAUGGGUCUAACAAUAUCAAGUGUAUUUACUAGAUUGUUCGGCAAAAAACAAAUGCGUAUUCUUAUGGUUGGUUUAGAUGCUGCCGGAAAAACUACCAUACUUUACAAAUUAAAACUCGGUGAAAUCGUGACUACGAUACCGACAAUCGGUUUCAAUGUGGAAACAGUUGAGUACAAAAAUAUUAGUUUCACCGUGUGGGACGUUGGCGGCCAAGACAAAAUCAGGCCUCUUUGGCGUCAUUAUUACCAGAACACUCAAGGCUUGAUAUUUGUUGUAGAUUCUAGUGACAGAAAAAGAAUAGCAGAAGCCGAAAAUGAGUUGGCUAAUAUGUUAAAAGAAGACGAGCUUAGAGAUGCAGUUAUUUUAGUUUUUGCUAAUAAACAAGACAUGCCAAACGCGAUGACUGCUGCAGAACUUACGAAUGCCCUAAAUCUUGGUAAUCUGAGAAAUCGACGGUGGUACAUCCAAGCAACAUGCGCUACACAAGGGCAGGGGCUUUAUGAAGGUCUUGAUUGGCUGUCCAAUGAGCUAGCGAAGAAAUGAAGCUAAGUUCAAGAUCAAUGCCAGGGAAACAAGGAAAAAUACAUUCCCGAUUUACUUCAACUAUAAUGUUGUUCAUGCUAUUCAAACUAAAAGACUUAAGCAAAUUAUAUAUCAUUUUAUAUA